CACCAUCUUCCAACCCCCGACUCGCAAGGACGUGGCUACUCCGAAAAAUAUCGACGACGAGUAUAAAAAGCCGGGGAUGUCGAUGGUCAUCAUCACACAUCACCUUUUCAAACACGGAAAAAGGGAUCUGGAAUCUGAUAACAUAGAAGAAAGAAAAAAAUUGGGACUUUAUUUGGUGCGAAACGAUAUAAGAAUUUGAAAGAAAAAAAAAUAAUCUUGCAAUAUCCCCAAAACAAGUCACUCAGAGAAAAAUCAUCAGAUUAAUCUGAAAGGAACAACAUGAUCAAGUUACUGGUGCUGACGAUUGCUUUGUUUGCACACUGCGGAUUCGCACAAUGGUCCUACCAAUACGGAGAAGAGGAACAACAGGUGCAAGGACUGGGACCGAAUAGGUGGUCGGAAUUGCCAAACACUUCUUGCGGAGGGAAAAGCCAGUCGCCGGUCGACAUUCAAACUGCUCAGUUUGUUGGUGCACCGGUGACGAUUGCGCCCCUGAUCUUUAGCUCCUCCUACGCCAGAGCCGCGCCCACCAUGAAAGUCGUCAACAAGGUUAGUCUCCUGCCAUCCAACAUUGGUGACCACACAGUCAAGGGAGGAGGACUUCCAUUCACAUACACUGCAGCUGAUUACCACUUCCACUGGGGACAAGGCCCUCAUCGAGGAUCAGAGAACACAAUCAACGGGAAAUCAUUUCCUCUGGAGAUGCAUGCAGUUCACCUGAGUUCCGAAUACCAAACAGUGGACAGUGCCAAAGCCAGCAAAGAUCCAACUGCUUUGGCUGUGAUUGCUGUUCACUUUGAGGAAUCCGAGACUGACAACCCGUUGCUGGCGCCGCUCAUCGCCGCCCUGGAGAAAUUAGGCGGCCCUAAUGACUUGACCAGCGAAUACACGUUGCCAGCUGCUUUCCCGAUCCUGCAACUGUUCCCCACGGAAACCAGCAACUUUUACCGAUUCGUCGGAAGUUUGACGACCCCGCCCUGCAGCGAAGUCGUCACUUGGACUGUGCUCAAACGCCGUAUGCCAAUUUCUGAGGCGCAGGAACUUUUUCUGGUGUCCCCCACAAUCAGCGAAGUCGUCACUUGGACUGUGCUCAAACGCCGUAUGCCAAUUUCUGAGGCGCAGAUGUCGGUGCUGCGGGAUUUGGUUGGAACACACGGCUUCAUGGGCGACAACUUCAGACCCACUCAGCCACUCAACACACGCAAAAUCACACGCUUUGUUCCGGCCAGUGCCGGCGCAAACGCAUUGAUUGAUGCCUCUGGAUGGUCGUACGAAUACGGAAAGAAAGCACAGGUGACCUCUGGUCCGGGUCCAUUCGAAUGGAGUUCCCAUUUCGCGAGCUUUUGCGGCGGCAGCAAACAAUCGCCGAUCGACAUUGACACAACUCAAUUCACCCGCACGACAAUCAACAGCAGUCCGUUUGAAUUCAAUGCCUUGUACGGCCAAGCACCGACUGCCAUGUCCAUGAACAACGAUGGUCACACAGUUCACCUCACGACUCCGGACACUGGCAUAAAAUUCAUCGGAGGAGGUCUUGGAAGUGAGUACGUUUAUGUGGACGGUCAUUUCCAUUGGGGCAGCAGCAACGGCCACGGCUCAGAACACACCAUCAACGGGAAACCGUACGUCUUGGAAAUGCACUUGGUUCACAAGAAAGCCACGUACACCAGCGUUGAUGCUGCAAAAGCCAGCAAAGAUUCCAGCGCUUUGGCAGUUCUCGGUGUUCUUUUCGAGCUUUCUGAGAACGACAACCCAAUGAUGACCCCGAUCAUCGACGCUCUGAAGGAGAUCAAGACCCCGGGUCAAAGCAAAACGCUGACCCCGUUCCCGAUCCGAACCCUGCUUCCGGUGUCCACCGCUGGGUUCUACAGGUACUACGGAAGCCUCACGACCCCACCUUGCAACGAAGUUGUCGCAUGGACCGUGUUCAAGGAACCCAUGCCCAUUUCUGAGACACAGCUCGGAGCCUUCCGGGACCUUUUACACGACGCCACGGAGCUGAUGCAAAACAAUUUCCGCCCAAUCCAACCCAAAAAGGGAAGACUGGUCAAGCGACUCAAGAAGAACCAGAUGCAACUGCGCAACCAAAAUGGGGAUGCCGUGAAAGGGGACAAGGGAAAUGACUGCAAACCAGACAGCGCUUUUGAAGCAAUUAAAAACGAUUCGAAGAGGCCAAAACUGAAUGCGCGGCUGUCGCUCCAACUCCAUCCGCUCCUUGGCAGUCAACACGAUGAUGGACUCCAGCUCGCGAAUCGUGGCUAUUUUCUCCUUGAGCUUGGGUGCUGCGGGUUGGUACACGUCUUUGAGUGCCAGACGACGGGAAACGUCUCGCAAACGUUCCUUCAAACAGAAGAUUUCCUUGUCCCGGAAAUGAAGUUGGCGCUGGACUUCCGCUUCCUUUUCCCGCUGUCGGGCCGCCAGCACAAAUUCGCGACAUUAAAUUCCGAGACUUCGUUCAGAAGACGACAAAAACCCUCGAACUACCCGUACGUUCGCGGGAACGGAUACCGAGAAAAACCCGGACAUUUCUGUGAGGUUUCCUCACGAAACCCAGCUUUCGCUACGGGCCGCGGUAUGAAGCGCCGUCGCCAGACUCCAGGCUUGGCUACGAACGGUUUCGUUGGGGGAAAAAAAGCCACCACAAGACGCACAGGAAUAUUUAUCCACCGAAAACCCGAAGACAAUCCCGACUUCUUCCCGACAAUGCUUAAAAACACCGCUCCUCGGAAGCUGAAUCGUAUUCAAUCUAGCAAGUACAUAACAGCCGAAUCCGGCGCCUCGAGAAAAACCCCGGCGGAGACGAUCAGAUAUGUUUUAUGGGAGAAAAUGCCAGCGAGAAAAAUUUAUCGGACCGAAGCGGUUCUCUCCGUAAGCAAGCUUGACACGGAAUUGCACAGGGAAAUAAAGCCCGGCAACGAUCCCAACGGCAACGGAGUUUCGGGUUUUCCACUGCUCAGCCUCGCGCUACGCGGAUUGAACCCAUUCACACGAAAAUGCGUGGACUUCGAGCGAUUUCGCGAGGAACGCAGAAAA